AUGUCGUUGGGUGAUGGGCUGCCUGAGUAUGCAUACAUUCAAAGAGCACGUAUACAUGCUCUGAUCUUGUUAGGGGGGCUUAUUUUACCGGACACCACAGGGUGCAAGGUCCCCUUUAUGUGGUUAAAUGCCUUAGACGAUCCGGAAGAUGUGGCUAAUAUCAGUUGGGGUAGUGCUGCUUUAGCAUACCUGUAUCAUUAUUUGUGCGAGGCUUUUAUAGGCAGACAGAGAAGAGAUGUGGGUGGACCUAUGGUUCUCUUGCAGCUGUGGGCCUGGGAAAGAAUGCCUACAUUGAGGCCAGCCUUCUUGAUAUCGCCUAUGCACACGCCGUAUACCCCGUGUGGAGCCAAGUGGCACGGAGUUACUGAAAUUGGAAAUGCUCCCCGACAUUCAGUAGCUCAUUAUCGUGAUCAGUUAUCACUGAUCCGUCCUGGCCAGUUUAUGUGGACACCCUAUGCAGACUGUAUCCUCCCUGAGUACUGCAUUGAUCCAACUGCAUCCUACUUGUGCGAUACUUAUUUGGUGUGUUGGUCAUUUGUCGAGGCACACGAGGCUGGACGCGUUUCCCGACAAUUUAACCGCUACCAACGUAUUCCUCAGUACUGUGAUAGGAUGCUACAUAGCUCCGGCCAUUUGAGUAAAAGUCACCGUCGUGGGAGGAAGGGCGCUGAUUGGGCUAAGGUACAUAAGUUCUUCAUUGAUGAGUGGGACUUGCGCCACGACAGGUUCCAAGCAACUUUUGACCAAGCAACGGCGACAAUGGAUGGUCGCAUUAAUCCGGGCUAUAUGGCGUGGUACAAUAGGAUCACCGUGUCGUACCUAGUUCAACCUGGGACACAGUCAAUUGAAGGGAUGAACGAGGCAACCCCUUCUAAUUUAUUGGCGGUUGAGACCCUUCAGGGGAUAUGGCAUUUGACCUCUGAACAUGACACAGACAAUCGGUUAUGGCAGAUUCGAGAAAUGGUUGCUUCGGCACUUCGUGCGAUGAACCAUGCUGAUGCGAUGGAGUAUCCAUCUUCUCAACGGUGA